GCAGCAGAGGAGAGGCAGCUGCAACUGCAACCUUUCUCUGCUCUUCUCAACAAAUUUUAUAUUUCUCGUCACGUUUCUACUGCCCUCCUUCUCCUCCUCCUCCUCUUUCUCUUCCUUAUAUAUAGCCUCAGCUGCUUCCGAUUCUUCUCCCCAUUUCCAACAAUUCUUUACUUUCCUCCAACAAACAGUAUGUAUAGGCCUUUAGUCUCUUUUUUUUCCUUCUAUAUAUCUAUGAAAGCCUAAGGUGGGGGGAAAACAAGUAAGUGGGGUGAAAGUGAAACUGGGUUUUAUUCAAAGUUGAACUUUCAAUGAUCAUUCUUUAGUUCUGAUCAGCUCUUAAUAAUUUUUUGUCUUUUUCUACAACAAUUACUUCUCUGAUCCGUCCCAGUUGUGGAAAUUUUCUGGGUUUAGUUUAAGAAUUAGUACAAUUAGUAAUACAGUUACAUAUCUUGAUAGUGAAGAAAGAAGAAUAUGUUGGAUCUAAACUUGAGUGUAGUAAAUGAUGAGGAGGCAGGCAUAUUUGAAGAAGGUAUGGGAGAGUAUGAAUCGGCCGAGGAGACAUCCGAUUCAUCUGUAGUGAAUGCUGAAGCUGCUGAGGCUUCUAGCAAUGCCACCACCGUUGACGACGACACGUGCUCUGCGCGUGCCGGCGCCAACUCCUCCUCCGACCUCCUCACCUUCAACUUCGACAUCCUCAAAGUCAACGGCGCCAAUCGAGGCGAGGAAGUUGAAGGUGAGGACGAGAAUCAGGUGGUCUUUGGUGGCCGGAUGACUGCCGCUCAUCAGCCUGAUUUCGUCACCAAGAACCUGUUCCCGGUGGCUGAGCUCGGGCCGGGCAGAGCUCCCGAUCGGGCCAGAAGUAAUGCCGGUAAUUGGGCGGAUCUUUCUUUUAGUCACCAACAAAAGCAACCGCCACAACAACAGCAGCAGCAAGUGAAGAAGAGUAGAAGAGGGCCGAGGUCUAGAAGCUCACAGUACAGAGGAGUUACUUUUUACAGAAGAACUGGAAGAUGGGAAUCUCAUAUUUGGGACUGUGGGAAGCAAGUAUAUUUGGGUGGAUUUGACACUGCUCAUGCCGCGGCUAGGGCGUACGAUAGAGCUGCCAUUAAGUUUCGGGGCAUUGAUGCGGAUAUCAAUUUUACUAUCUGUGAUUACGAGGAAGAUAUGAAACAGAUGAAGAAUCUGACUAAAGAGGAAUUUGUCCAUAUACUCCGAAGACAGAGUACUGGUUUCUCGAGGGGGAGCUCGAAAUACAGAGGAGUGACACUGCACAAGUGCGGGAGAUGGGAAGCUCGAAUGGGACAGUUCCUUGGCAAAAAGUAUAUAUAUCUUGGGUUAUUCGACAGUGAAAUUGAAGCUGCAAGGGCUUAUGACAAGGCAGCUAUCAAAUGUAACGGAAGGGAAGCUGUUACCAACUUCGAGCCGAGUACCUAUGAACCUGAAAUGCCUUCUAAUAUGGUGCAACCUCAUUCCCAGAACGAAGGAAGCCACCAUGAUCUUGAUCUGAAUUUGGGGAUUUCAACUUCUUCUGGAAAGGAAAAUGGGAGUUCAAGGGAUGUACAUUACCAUCCUUAUGAUGUCCAAAAGGCAAGGAUAUCGAAGAUUGACAUCUCUAGUACAACCGUAAACAGUCCACCGCUUAAAGGACUACCAUUGACACCAGAGCGCCCUCAAUUAUGGACUGGUGUAUAUUCCAACUCUAUGCCCAACUACAAGGAAAGAGUAAUUGAGAAUAGGUUCGAAGUUGGUUCUUCACAGGGACCCCAAAAAUGGGCGUGGCAAAUGCAAAGUCAGUUAAGUGCUACCCCAGUGACAGUUUUUUCAACUGCAGCAUCAUCAGGAUUCUCAUCUUCGGCUUCCAACGCUUCCUCUCCUUCAUCAAAGGCUCCUAACUCCUCGGCUGUCGGUCUAUGCUUUGCUUCAUACCCGGUGUCAUCUGCUAACAAUAGUCAAUGCCGUUUCCAGCUCGGGCCACAAUGGCCGCCUACAUAAAUCUGCCUCCCUGACCUGAGCAUAAUAUUUGUGAAUAGGCAGACCUAACAGAGACCGUGCGUGCAUUCAUUUGUAUGACUUCGAAUUAGACAAUAUAGAUGGUGUGACUGACUUGUUUCACACAUACAGUGUUCUAGUUUCAUGGGGAAAAGAUGCUGCCUCAUUCGAUCUUUAAUCAACAAGACUACACAACACUUGUGCUUUUUCUUGCUUUUUGUUCUAAUGCUUUUUUAUUUUUUUUUGGGUA